GGGGGAGGGAGGGCUGCCGUGCAGCAGGAACUGUGCAGACACACACACGGGGAUCCAGGGACAGCAGCCCCCUUGCACUGGGAUCUAGAGCCACAGCGCGAAAGAGAGUUAAAGGAAAACACUCAACAGACACAACACAAUGGCAGACAAAAUUAAAGACGCCAAGAUCAUCUUUGUUGUGGGUGGGCCCGGCUCCGGAAAGGGCACCCAGUGUGAGAAGAUAGUGGCAAAGUACGGCUACACCCAUCUGUCAUCUGGAGAUCUGCUCCGUGCUGAGGUGGCUUCUGGCUCUGAGAGGGGCAAGACGCUCCAGGCCAUCAUGCAGAAGGGAGAACUCGUACCCCUGGACACAGUCUUAGACAUGAUUAAGGAUGCCAUGAUUGCCAAGGCUGAUGUCUCCAAGGGCUUCCUUAUUGAUGGCUACCCCCGUGAGGUGAAGCAGGGAGAGGAGUUUGAGAAGAAGAUCGGCAAACCCUGCCUGCUGCUGUACGUCGAUGCCAAAGCAGAGACCAUGGUCAAGAGGCUGUUGAAGCGCGGCGAGACCAGCGGCCGUUCUGAUGAUAAUGAGGAGACCAUCAAGAAGCGCCUGGACCUGUAUUACAAAGCAACCGAGCCAGUCAUCGCCUUUUACGAGAGCCGCGGCAUUGUCAGGAAGGUCGACUCCGAGCUGCCCGUGGAUGACGUCUUCGGCCAAGUCUCUAAGGCUAUUGAUGCACUGUAGUAAAACAACAUAACUAGAUGA